CCCCGCGCCGCAGUUAUUAUUGUGGCAAUGUAUCGCCGCAGACAGCGUUUUCCAACAUCAUGGCCAACGUCCUGGUGGAUUUUCUGGUCGACGCCCAGUGCCCCUGCUCCCUGGUGAGCGAUUUCUGUGGGAUUUAUCGCCGCAUUCUGGCCCAGCGUUUUGCUUGGGCCUGCUGCGGUAGGCUGUAUCAGUCGACUGGAGUCAACAAUCCGCCGGUGUUGGCUAUAGCAACACCCUUGGACGGCUCAUAGUACCUGUUUGGAUUCGCUCAUGGUUCCAUCCAGGCCUCCAUAUGCCUCCGACAGCCCUCCCCUUACACAAAUUUCAAGAGACACAGUCUGCAGAUGCUUUGGAUCCACACGAGGAUGGCAAGCUAGCUGACUCUAAGGCUUGGAUUGCAGAUCAGCUGGUUACCGAUCAUCGGAUUAGCCGGGCUUGCACACCGAUUUCCACCAGGCACUUGCAUGGCCAAGAUAGCGGUGUCCGGGCUCAACCUCCGUCUUCGCCUUUUUUUUGCCCAAUUUCUUUUUGUAAUCCUCAAAUUCAACCCUGGUUCCACUUUCAGCCGGCCGCCCAGCUCACCUACAUUACAAACAAUUCGCGGCCGUGCGGGUUCACUACUUUUACGCAUAGUACUCACGAGAAAUUCUGGCAUGCCGCUAGCGACCCCAUGGCAGCAUGUUCGCCGGCAGCUGCCAAAAGCCGUCUUUCGGGCAAGGCCAGCUCGUUAUAGCACUGGAUACAGACAGACAGGCGAAGGGCGGUUGUUAGACAGCAUGCGCUCGCUGGCGCAGUCCGGAUCGCCGAUCCAGCGCGAGGCGCUGUGGGGCCUGUACCGGCGAAUCGCGGGCGAUAAUAGCACUGGCAGAUCAGCCUUGUCACCAACAACAGCGCGGAUGUUGAUAGAGCUGAUGGUGCAAGAUAAGGACACGACGAGAGCGCUGCAGCGACUGUCGGAGAUUUUGGGCAACAUAGAUAGACACCGGAGCCUGACUGAGGACGAAGUCGCCAUGGUGCAGCGGAUAUGUGCAAGCCUGGACUUGCGACACCACCAUACUCCCCUGGAUCAGUCACCAGUAUUUGCAGACACUGCAGCCCACAUUGGACCUACACAACAACCGCAGUUGGUAUCGCUUAUUGAAGGGAUCCGGGACGCAGCAACUCCAGAUCUGGCGAAACUGCGAUUGCAGCUCUUGACAAAGGCAGAUCCGAUGGCUACUUGGAAAACAUACCGGGCAUUGGUCGAUGGCGAUCGGUUAGAGGACAUUACAAAGACUGACAUGACCCGUGUGGUCGACAUGUGUGGAUCAAUGGGGACGAUUUUUGGGAUUCAGUGCUUGAAGCAGGUUGAGCGGGAUUUAGAAACAUACCCGGCACUGUUCCACACUCCGCAUGCGGUGCUGAUCAGCACAUACGCGCUACUGGGAUCAAUUGCGGAUUCACAAAGGUGCUACGUCGACGCACUCGGAUCGGAAAUGUACCCGAACAAAGCACCUAUAGACUGGAGCAUGUGUUACGCGCUGUUCCGGGGUUCGCGGCAGCGCGAGGGACGCGAGAUCUUUAAUCAGCUGGUAUCUAGAGGCGAGGCGACGCCACGUAUGUACAGUAUUCUGCUGGCCGAGUAUACGCUGAUGAGGAAUCCGGCCCGAGCAUUUGAGCUGUUCCAGGAUAUGCGGACGCGGCACAUCAAGCCAGAGUACCGUGCAUUCUGCACGCUUGCGACUGCGUGUGUCAUGUCGGCAGAGACUAAUGCACCAAUGGUGCUCAGCGAUGUCACUGCGGACAUGAAGAGCUGGGGGUACACGCCUGGCAUGGACUUUUUCAUUUGUAUGCUCAGGGGGUACCACGAGUCGGGCCAGGAUUCGAUGUUUGACGGGCUUUUGUCGAGAUUGCGGCUGUUGAGUCUUCAGCCAGACAACGAACUACGCAAAGUGCUGCUGCUGAAUGCGAUGCGGCGGCGAGACACUGAUAGAGUGGCUGUGUUGAGUCGGGCAGCCAAGGAUUCGGCCGACUUGGUUCCUCAUAUUGUUCGCGCGCUGUGCCAUGUGGGGGAGCAGGGGCGUGUAACCGAGAUCGUAGAUUUUGCUGGCUUCCCCGCAACCAAUUCUCUGGAGAACGCCAAAUUGGAGGCGGCUAUGUAUAGCCCCACGGUGGCAGGCAACCCCGAGGUUCUUAUUAAUUAUGUGGAGGACAUGGUUAAGCAAGGGUUUACACCGUCGUUUCGUUUGUUCCGCGAUAUUGUGCGGCAUAUUUGGCUGCAUUCGGGACGCGACAAAGCGAUUCAGGUAUACGAGCAAUUCAGCGCGAUGGGAAUGCCAAGGAGUAUAGACAUGCUGUCAACAGCGACUCAGCUGUAUAUCAGCAGCAGCAAGCCAGGCAGGGCAAUGCCAGUGUUCAUGGAGCUCAUCGAGUGGCUAUCGCAGUCAGACCUAAGCAUGGUUAGCAUCGACGAUAAGACGCUCCGGCGCAUGAUGCGGCUGGUGAUUCUGCAGAGCGGGAUUAGAGUAGCGCACGAGGUCUUCGACAGGCUGGCUAAGCUGCCGAUCAAGCGAGCACAGCUGCCGUACAGUACGCUGAUCGAGUUCUAUGUCAACCACCAGCAGGCUGACAGGUCGCGGGCACUGAUCAGCCAUGUGGUGCAAAACAACAUCCCGCUGACAACGGUCGCCAUCAACCUGUACUGCCGGUACCUUGCACAGGAGUCGACGGUGACCGAUCUGGCCAAUUUCCUGCGGUACCUUUCUCGCACGCACACGCUCGAUCAGAUCGCCGACGAUGUUGCCGAGAAAUUCUUCAGCCGGUGUGCCAUGGAGCGCAGCAUGGCGGACUUUGAGUGGGUGACCCGAGCACUGGUCAAGAUCAGGCGGCCGCUCGGCAUGUGGAAGCGGGUGCUUAAUUCACUGGGCGAGCACGAUGUCCAGACGAUGUGCCGCAUGGUGCAGGUGGUGGGCGACUGCAGCGAGGAUCCAAACAAGAUGAUGAUGGUGCUUCUGAUGAGCGUCAAGGAGUCGCCGUGGCGCGCUGCCGUUGCUGACCAGGCCCUGACGGUUCUCUACGACCAGCGGGUGAGAGUAAGGAAGCGCGUUUGCGAGGCGGCGAUUUCAGCAAUUGUCGAUACAUGGACAGACGCGAAUGGCCGGCUGGGAUCCAAAGCACCCUGCAAGUUUAGUUCGCGGUUCCUGAUCGAGGCGCUGGAGCGGAACAUCUACCGCGCGAUCAGCAUUGGGAUUUCGCCUAACCUGCUGACCAGCUGCAUGCUGGCACUGGCGUCGUCGUCGCCACCGGGCGGGUACAAGCGCUGUCUGGGGCUAUUGAAAACCUUGAGCUCCGACCAGCAGAGCAUCCAGCACUAUGUUGCGGUGGCACGUGGGUGUGCGCGGUACGGGUCGAUUGCAGGGAUUGAUGAGGUAGCUAGCACUGUCAGGGCGCUAGGGAUCCAGGUCAAUACUCCGCUGAUCAACGCAUUCAUGCAUUGCUACGUCGGCCUGUCGCCGCCACUGCUUGCGCCGUCUACAAGCAUGGCUGUCGAUACCGGUUACCGACAGCAGGUGACCGAGCAGUUCUAUGAUACGUGUCUGGACAAGGUUCUGUCGCUAUUUGGCGACAUGCAGUACCAAGGGUGCACGCCGGACAAGUUCACCUACACGACCAUGCUCCAAGCAUGCGCAAACGCCGGCAAGACCGAGUACGCCGAGAAGCUGAUUAGUGAUAUGCUGGCCCAAGGUCAUGUUCAUGACGAGGUCACAGCACUAAUGUGGAUCCGGCUCCGGCUCAAGUCUGGUGACGUGCAAGGGGCAUUGAGCGUGUUCCGGGCGCUGGAGGACACAACAAAGAGCCAGAACCUAGGGGCUCAGGACGACCGGUACCGUGGACUGUCGCAGGUCAGGCGGACGCCAAUGCAUUUUGCUGUUGUCAUCCAGCACUACGCCGAUGCCGGGCGAUACCGCGAGGCUCUGAUGCUGCUCAAGGCCAUGCAUGGCCAUGGGCGCACGGGCGAAACCUGGAUGUACUCGGCGCUGCUGCGGCGGCUGAUGGCUGCCGACGAGCGUACGCACAUGGCUGAAAUGCUGCGCGAGAUGGGAGCGGCUGGAGUGGUGCCUGAUAUGCAGACCAUCGAGGCAAUCAAGGCAUACAUGGCAAAGUCGAGCGACAGCACUGCUCUAGAUCCAACAUAGCGACACCCUGUUACAAAAAUCUAGCAAUGUAGACUAUUAGAUUCCAACAGCAUUAAUUACUAUGUGUUUAUUGGCGAUGGCUGCCAACCUGUCGUUGCUCGAGC